GCGCCGCCAUGUUGGGGAGGUCGGCGGGGCGGCUGGCGGGGGUCGUGGCGCUGGUCACGGGGGGCGCCAGCGGCAUCGGCCGCACCGUGAGCGGCCGCCUGGCCCGCGAGGGCGCGCGCGUGGCCGUGGCCGAUCGCGACAUGUCGGGGGCGGCGGCGACGGCGAAGGAGCUCCCCCGCCACUCCCCCCCCGACCACGGAGCCUUUCAGGUGGAUGUGGCCGAUCCCAAAAGCGUGGCCGGGAUGGUGAGGGGGGUGCAGGAGCACUUCGGGGUCCCCCCCCGUGUCCUGGUGUCCUGUGCUGGGAUCACCCGGGACCGGCUCCUCCUGGAGAUGGGAGAGCGGGAAUUUCGGGAAGUGCUGGGGGUCAACCUGGAGGGGACGUUCCUGGUGACACAGGAGGUGACAAAGGCCUUGGUGGCCUCGGGGGACCCCGGGGGGGCGUCCCUGGUCCUCGUGGGCAGCGUGGUGGCCAAGGUGGGAAUUUGGAGCCAAACCAACUGCGCGGCCUCCAAGGGGGGUGGAGGGCUGACCCGGAGCGUGGCCAAGGAGGUGGCCAGGUUUGGGAUGCGCUGCAAUUGCGUCCUGCCGGGAUUCAUCGUCACCCCCAUGACCGACAAAGUGCCCCCAAAAGUGCUGGACAAGUUCUCAGGGCUGGUGCCACUGGGACGACUGGGAGACCCCGAGGACGUGGCAGACGUGGUGGCUUUCCUGGCGUCGGGGGACAGCAGCUACGUCACCGGGGCCACCCUGGAGGUGACAGGGGGUCUCUUCAUGUGACGGAUCCAGUCCCUCACCCCCCCAACACCCCCCGUCCCCAAAAAUGUCCCCAAAUGUCCCAAAUCACCCCCCAAGAUUGUCCUCAAAUGCCCCCAAAAGAAAUAAACAAAUCCCACCC